CGUUUGUUGCGACGAGCAAGCCUGAGCGCUUUCAAGCAGGCGGAUCUUUUGUUUUGUUUUCGAGUGACGUUUUCCACGGGUCUUGGCCAGAAAAGUUUCUGUAAGGUGCCUGCAGCACUUUCGUGUAAAUCAUUCAAUCGUGAACGUUUGCUUCAGUGCUGGAAGAAGCGAGGAUACUGUGCACUGACUGGGCGGCUCUUGGCUGGUCCGUGGCAUGCUCCGGCAUCGGCUACCGACGGCGUCGCGAUCUCUAAUCCGUGGCAGCCGCGGCGAUGAUCAAGUUCUCCGCGCUCAACUCGAACGACACAUCGUCACCUCAGGAUGACAACGGCUCGCCGGUGGUUACCAGGGAGGCCCAAGAGGAAGAGGCCUUUGGAUUGUACCGUAAGGCGCUUGGUCAACUGCAGCAGGAGAGCCACGACGAGGCCCUAGCUUCGUUCCGCGAGCUGCUUGCGCUGCCGUUCAUCAGCCGGUGCAGCGCGCCGCCUCAAGAUGACAACAGCGAGGCAAGAAGCGGAGGUGGAACGCUGCCUCCGGCGCUUAUGCUCAAGUACGUGGCUCUCAAAAACCUCGGUGCUAUCCACGUGCGGCUAGGAGACACUCGCGGCGCGGUCGCCGCCUACUUGGACGCUGCAGAGAUCGACUCUACCGAUGUCACGCUCUGGUACAAGAUCGGUCGACUCGCUCUCGGGCUCUACUUGUAUCCGCUCGCGAGGAUCGCCUUCGAGGAAGGACUGCGUUGCAGCGCGCAACACUGGCCCUGCCUCAGCAGCCUGAUGACGGUUCUGUAUGUCCUCAACGACCAUUUAGGCUGCCUCGAAUGCGCGGCUCGGGCGCUGCGGCUCGACCCCGGUUACGUGAAGGCGCUGGCAUUGAGAGAGGCCGUGUACCGAGAGAAUCCGGCUCUGAAGAGCUGCCAAGACGGCGUGUUCAGGGGCUGCGACCCGUCAGUAUUCACGCGAACCGUGAGCAAGGAAGACGCGGAAGCUGUGCUCUCCGAAGCGAGGCAGCUGAGGGAGAAGCGCCGCGAGUUGUACACGCCCGGGAAGUUGCCCAGGCUACCGCUGCGUAAGAAACUCGGCGAGGUGUCCUGGGUCGCCCUCGGUCAGGCAAUGUUGGAACUAUACGAGUUCAUAGCCACUACAAAGCACGACAGUGACGUGUCGCUUGCUUGUAAAGUGGACCUGCUGAGGAGCGAGACCGAUAACAAGCCCGUCGCCGAAGCCACCGACUUGAAGAAAGAAUCUCCUUCAGACAGCCUGCAGCAAGGCAGCGGGAAUUCGUCGGGCGACCUCGUCAUUUGUAUCAACCCUCCGAGCGACCCGACGUCGCAGGCCGAGUUACCUGAGGCUCAGCCACAGGUAGAACCUGGGGAACCGCAGUUAGCACAGCCUGCGGACUUGGGAUCACUGGCCGAGCAGCUCACUGUUGUGACUCAGGAAUUAGCUACACCUGAUGAAAACGGGGCAUCGAGGACAACACUUGGUGGAGGCAGGAGGGGCGGGAAGCGUAAGCGGCUGUCACUAGAGCACUUGGAUCCCUCUUUGAAGAGACGCUCAGCAAGGGUUCGAAACACACUGCGUAAGACACAGGAGAGCAUCAACUACCAGGAGCUCUUGACACAAUUCCUACCAUCCAGUCUCGCAUACGAGGGCAAGGACGAUAGGGAAGACAGCAUCCCAAACUUCUCUGACCUGAACAGCGACCACACCUAUGGCUUGACCCCAAACAGCAGUCUGCAGGAAGAUGUUGACAAGGUAGUCUCUGAUAUUGAAGGCAUAGAAAAAACUGAAUCAGAAGAUGUGCAGAAGUUUAUUAAUGACCAUGGGGACAGGCACACCCUGAUGGACCUUAUGGAAGACUACCUGUGGGAGCUGAGCAGUCGAGAAGAUCUUCUUUGGCCUCCUCGUUUGUGUGAUAUCUUUGUUGAUGUGUACAAGAGCUUAAGACCUCAUAUAGAAAGACCAUCUAUCUUUGCAGGGCAUGAUGAAGCCUCAAACAUUUUGCGACAUGCUAUGUCAACUUUGCUGUACUGUGAGUUUAUGAUGGACAAGGUUGUUGUGGCAAAAGCACAAGCUCAGCCAUCUGUGUCAGUAUCGCCGAGAAGUCCUGGCAACCAGUUAGGACCAGAGUUUCCUAGCAGCCAAUUUGGGAGUGACUUGGAGUUUCUUGCUCAGAUGUCGGUGAGGGAAGGUGUAUUUGAAGAGAAAUGGAUCCCAUUUGUUCUUCGUUCAUUCUGGGCAGAGGCACGGUUUUUGAUGCUUAGUGGUGAAAUGGAAUCUGCUGUGCAGGUGCUAGAAAAUGUUCUUUGUCGUAUAGAUUAUGAGAGUCCCCCUGACACACAACCUGUGAAGGUACAGAUAACAAAUUGUAAAAUGAAUGAUGUUAUUUCGCGAGAGGUUGUUCAGGAGCAGCUUGAAUCGUUACAGAGAUGCCAGUCUCUUGAAGAGGUGCAUCGUCUUUAUGAGCUUGGUAGGUAUAAGGUGGUGGCUGACCUGUUGAUUCAGACGUUUAAAAAGCCAGCUUCUAGAGGUCGUAAACUACAUGCUAAAGCAAACAUCCCUGAACGCCAUGCUCAGCUCAUACUUUUGCAAGAAUCAUUGUGGAAUUUAAAGGACUACUCAGGCUGUCUGAUUUGGGGUGAGGCUUCACUAAAUGAAGCUCUGAACCAGUAUCUUUCAGUGACAAGUGCAGCACUCAAGUGUGACUGGUCGAACACAAUUGUCAUAGUUCUCUCAGAUAUUCAUCGUUGCAUCAAGCAAGACAUGGGACUACUUGGUUGUCUUGAGAGCCCAAAACUCACUAGAAUGGCACAUAACAUCAUUAAGCUGAUCAAUGUCCAGAUGGAUGUCGGUGAGUCUAGUAAUGAGAUGGCAGUGCCCACUGUUAUAUCAUGGAACAUACUGUACUAUAUACUCAAAUACGAGGAAGACAAGAUACAACUGUUGGCAGCACGAUCUGAGGGCCAGUCAGGUGUACCUAGCUUUGGCGAGACUGGAAAGAAUGCUGGGUUGACUGGUGCCAUGCCGUCAUCUUUGAUGCUCUUCUUCACAGCCCAUGAGCACUUGGGCAGGCGGUCAUGGUGUACGAUAUCUGAUGGUGUUCUUUUGUUCCUGUUUGUGGAUGUUGUGACUCAAGAGCUUUCUAAGAAGUCCGCAGCUGCAAAUGCUUUCCAUGAAGAUCUUAACAACGGCAUUGAACAGUGCUUCUACUGUCUUUAUGGGCACCCAAAUCGUCGUGGGAAGGUUAAACACCUUCAAGAGCACAAUGCAAAGCCAGUGAGUCUCACCUGGGAUGGCUGCAAACACGUCUUUGACUUCUUCAAGCCACAGUAUCUGCCUGGCUUCGAUAGCUAUAAAGCUAGCACUGUUUCAUCGGAGCUUGAAGUGCUGCUGAAGCGCAUUGCAGCACUGGUUCCUCCUGAGCAGGAUCCUAGCAAUAUGGAAACGACAAUAGCUGCGUACAUUGAUGGUAGUGUUACUGCUUUUCCAACCCUUCCUGAUACAAGUAAUUUUAGCCCUGUGGUGCUUGAACUGUACUAUCUGCUUGGUGACUACUACUUCAAGAACAAGGAAUUUGCAAAGGCCAUACGUUACUACACACUUGAUGUCUGCCUGAACCCUAACCGACUUGACUCAUGGGCAGGCCUUGCGCUUUCACGAAGUACCCAGAUAGAGCAGCGGAUUAACUCCUGCGAGCCAAAGAAUGAAGGGACCAUUCAGAAGAGGGCAGCGUCAUCACUUAGGUGCUUUAAGCGCGCACUUGAAAUUGAUGCCAGUAACUCAGCGUUGUGGAUCGAAUACGGAUCAUGUGUCUACAUGUUGCAGUCGAAUGUCUCUCGACAACUGAAGCAAAGCAGCCAAUUUGCACUGAGUGAUGAAGCCGUCGAGGCUCUUGCUAAGCGGAAGAAGGAACUUUUGGAUACAGCCAAGAACUGCUACGAGUCGGCGAGCCGCUGCGAGGAGGACUGCAGAGGCGCUGAUGAGAUGUGGCUCAACCACUACCUGUUGGGAAAGAUCACGCACAAGCUGGGUUACUCGCCGGCCGUGUACCUCGACCACUUGUAUCAGUCGCUGCAGCAUCUGUACGAAAUGAACGCCAAGUAUCCGCGGCGGAUCUUGUACCACUCACCGCCUCCGCUUUCGAUUGAAUCGCUAGAGCUGUACUACAAGAUACACGCGCUUUCCAUGAAAUACUUGCUCACGUACGAGGAUACGCCGGCACCCAAGGACGAGCUACGCGCAAUCUGGAAGUUUAUUCAGAAGGCAGGAAGCAGCCCGUUUGCAAAGUUCCAGGAGAAGGCUGAUCUUAUGGAGUAUUACUCGUCGUCGGAGGACGAGGAAGACGAAAGCGACGAAACUGGCGGAGAAGGAAAAGCCGGCGACACGAGCAGGCAGGUCAAGAAGAGGAGCCUGGAGACUGACCACGACUACUACCAUGCUAAGAAGCCGCAUCUGGAGCAGAAACGCGAAGGAGCGAAGCCUUCAACUGGCGACUCUCCUUCUCGACCAGAUGAGCGGGAAUUGUCGGCUGUAAAGGACAUUCUCGACUGUCUUUUGUCUGUUGUCAGCGACAAGCUGGCGGCCGAAGAAAGACAGGCUCCGUCGAACCGUGCAUCUGUGUCCACGGCGGGAACAGAUGAAUCCAUGGCGAAGGCUAGAACGGACGGUCAAGGCGUCGCCCCUACUACUGACUCGUGUCCCGCAAAAGACCCCGUGGAAGUGAAACAAGAGAAACGUGCCGAUGCCCCGUGCCAAAGUCCUGCAAAGGAGCAGAGCGCAGUAGCCCAGCGAGACGAACAAAUCAAGAAAGACGCUGACAGCGUCAAGAAAAAGCCCGCGCCUGGUCAGUCCUCUGAUGCGUCAGAGGCAGCGAAAGCGUCCAAGCAGGUCACCUCGGCGCCGAACAGCGACCCGUUCUUGAAACUCGAAGAGGCCGAAAUGAAGCAGGUCCUGCUGAAGACGUGCGUGCACGCCAUGAAGGAGUGCGUGAGUCGCUUCCCGCAGCACUUCAAGAGCGUCUACUACCUGGCGCGCUUCUACUGCCACUCCAAGCGCUCAUGCAAUCUGCAGCUGGCGCGCGACUACUUGCUGGACUCGGGGAUGAACCGACCGACUGCAACGGGGUCGGAUUCGGCGCCAGCCGUGCCCGGCCUGUUCGCCGAACGGAAGACCACCAACUUCUUCACGGGCAUCUGGCACACGCCGGGCGACGAGAUAGACCGCGCGGGCAGCUUCGCGACGCACAUGCACCGCUCCAUCGUGCUGCUGCUGGAGAUACUCGAGCGGUGCGGCGACGUGGACAUGCUCGCGCAGCUGGCGGUCCAGCUGAACCGCGAGCCGGAGCCGGAGAAGAAGUACCUGCGCGACGUGGACCGCACGUACUUGGCCCGGAAGGCGUUCGAGACCGCCGUGAUCCUGGCCAGCCGGCGGCUCGACGUGCUGAUGAACGAGGAACCGCCUCCGGAAGACGACGUGCUGGUGUCGGCCCUGCUGGACGUCUACCGAGUGUUCCUGGUGUUCCAGAAGCAGGGCGUGUUCGUGGACGAGGCCGGCUCGGCGCUGGCCGAGUCGUACCGCCUCUACAAGCUGGGCGAGGUCGACUCGUCGCCGCCCAUUGCCGAGCAAGCCGUCAUGUUCUGCGCUCGGCGGCAGCACAGGGAAUCCCUGCGCGCCUUGGAGGCGGCGGCGCACGGCUUCGAUCAGCAACCGCUCUACGAUGUGGACGGAACUGCCGGGAGCUAUUCGGACUCGCUCUGAGGCGUGGGUCGUGCGUGCAUGUGUGGCGGUGACGCUUGGUGUGUUUCACGUGCUGUGCUCCUAGGUCGUCGCGCAAGUUGCCGAAGCCGAGCGGUGCCCAGAAGUCCGACAUCACGCGUCGGGUGUCACGUUUCUCGGCAUUUCCUUGCAGCUUGUGGGACGCACGAAGAAGCGCUAUGACCUGGAAGUAGUCUUUAAUGUGUCGCUCCGAGUAGUCUGGGUAGGCUGGGGCGCGUUAUUCAGGCAUACUGACUCGCACAUGCCUAUACGCUUCCUCCGUUAGUUCUCUGCGAGGCACAACGCAAUGUUGAAUACAGCAUCCCCAUCUAUGUAGAUAACGUUCUAAUUUGGUUUCGCACGCGCACGAAUAACCGCCAUUCUUACUGAUUUUGUACUGCAAGCUCUGCAUUUACUUUUAAAACGUUUGGCGAGUCAGAACAACGCAGUAGUGCAGUAAUUUACCAGCGUUUAAUUCGCAGUGGCGGCACUAGGCCGGCUGAAGGCGUUCGUUCCAUUCUUGUGGUAUAUAAACUAAUCGCUUAGAGUUGAAUGUCGGGCACGUAUCAGUGUAACUUGACGAGUACAUGGGCCUCCGUUUUCUUUUGCUUUUUUUAAAGAAUGGCGGAAGGACUUCCUUUGGGACGCUGUCUGUGCUCUGUGGAGUGUCCGCGCGGGUCGCGCUAGCGCUUUGCGUCUCGCUUGCGUUGUACCGCGGUCUUGGAGGAGUGCGCGCUUCGGCGUGUGUGACGCCUAGUACGGUGCUCGUGCACAAGGCACGAAAAUGUAAAUAGUGUAUAAAGAAUUUGAAGCAAGCAGGGCAUCGCCAUUUAGCCUGCGUCGCUCAGCUGUAUGGCGUAUCGGCUAAGCGGCUAUGCUCUGCUUUUGUCUUGAGUGCGUGACGCAAGUCGUGAUCGUCGAAAUUGUGCGCGACGUAAUUUCUUCGGAGGCAGUUUCUUUUUUUUUAUUUUCGUGUAUAUAUACGCCUCUGUUUUAUUCCUAGGUCGCAAUAAAGUACAAUAUUUUACACGGCUGC